AUGUCGCCGACGACGAGUAAAAUGCGACAAAUCACUGCCCGGUUGCCGGAAGUGCGCCCGUUCGCAGCGGCCAUGUCUAGGGUACAGCAAAGAGAAACCCUUACGAUGGACGAACAGCGUGGCAAGCCGGGACUGCUUAUUGAUCCGUCCCUGCAGGAUCUGUCUCCUUCCACGCGGGACUAUAUUGCUUACUUUGAGCAAGAGUGCUCCCAGGACUGCGUUAUACACAACGUGGAACCAGCAAACCCUUUCAAAGAGUUCAUGCGCCUUAUCCCAUCAUGUCCUGGGUUUCGUGAUGCCGUUGUCUCUGUUGCUGCUUUACAUCGAGCCCAACGGGUGAGCUCAAGUAUCCUGACUACAGAAGACGUGAAUGGUAUGAUGCUACCGAAUAGUUCUCCGGAGUCACAAGCUGCAAAGCAGCUGCAACAGUCGCCCGAUUACUAUAACGCACUUCGCCACAAGCAGAGAACCUUGGCUUUCUUGAGAAAAGAAAGCGAGGAAGGCUUCAUGAAUCAGCUAGAUGGUACCAUUGCCACGAUCAUCUUGUCUACCUGGUUUGAAACUAUGGAUUCUGGAAGAGAAUCAUGGAAAUAUCAUCUACUCGGGCUUAGGGAGCUCGUGCAAAGAUGUGGCUUUUCUGCCAUUCAAUCUGGACGUGGAAGUCUUGCGGCUUCUAUACCUCAAGUUUAUGAGUACUUUGACACAACUUACGCUAUAUUUGAAAUCAUCGGCUCGACAUUUGUUGAAGCCAAACAACCGUAUCGACCACUAUUCACCACAAUCCCAAUGCUUGAAGUUUUGAAACGAUCUGAGACUCAAACCUGGGUCGGGUGUCCUGCAGAUCUUCUAUUCGUGCUUCUGCUCGUGAACUCAGCUUCUUCAAGACCGGCCGAGGACAAACAAGAGCUAUUGUGCAAUACUUUAAGUCUCAUCCGAGGCUUUUCGCCCAUGAACUGGGCGCUCACAACCACACAUUCUUGCCACGUGAAAUCACGGUACCAUCUUGCCUCACUCUACCAGGCAGCUGUGGAGAUAUACGCGCGGCAGAUAUUUUCCAUGUCAACAGGGCAAUAUUGCUUAACUCAGGAGGGACCCGCCAAUUCGAUCGAUUCUCUCAUGCUCAACUUCCAAGCCAUUGACCGACAGGAUACCCAUUUCAAGAGUUUAAUAUGGCCUGCAUUCGUGAUCGGUGCUGAAAUGCAAACGGAAAACCAAAGGGCUAUGAUAGCGGAAGUCUUUGCACAUCUAUGGAAAUUAUGGUGUUGCCCUAAUGUCGCGAGCGCGUUCGAAGUGCUGGAGAAGAUUUGGGCCCGGCGUUCCGCCGAGGGAACACCGAGGCCUUGGAUUGAAUACGUUUACGAAUGGGGCGAGGACUGGAUUUUCCUGUAA